CCGCGGGCGGGCGCUGCGCGGAGCCUGCGCGGGCCGCGGCCCCUCGGCCGCGCUUCCGCGGCAGCGGCCAUGCUGCGCGGCCGCGGCGGGGCGCCGUGGCAGCCGCCGCCGCUCGCCGCGCUGGCGCAGGUGCUGCGGCUGGAGCCGGGCCGCCGGGCCGACGUGGUCUGCCCGCUGCGGCGGCUGGAGCGCUGCCUGGCGCCCGGCGCCCGCCCCGCGGCCUUCGCGCUCUUCCGGCCGGCGCUGGCGCAGCUGCAGCGCGCCGAGGCGCUGUUCCGGCCCCGCGGCGCCGCGCGCUACGCGGGCGCGGCCGUGCGCGCGGGACACGCGCCGCCGCCGGCGCUGCCCGAGGUGUGCUUCGUGGGCCGCAGCAACGUGGGGAAGUCCUCGCUGAUCCGGGCCCUGUUCUCGCUGACUCCGGAGGUGGAGGUCCGGGUGUCGAAAACGCCGGGCCAUACAAAGAAAAUGAAUUUCUUCAAUGUUGGAAAGUAUUUUACCCUGGUGGACAUGCCAGGAUACGGCUACCAUGCCCCGCAGGACUUUGUGGAGAUGGUGGAGGCCUAUCUGCAGGAACGGCAGAACUUGAAGAGGACUUUCUUAUUAGUGGAUGGUUUAGUAGGACUCCAGAAAACAGAUCAUAUCGGUAUAGAGAUGUUGGAAGAGUUUGGGAUUCCUUAUGUGCUGGUGGUAACAAAAAUUGACCGAGCUUCCAAGGGACUGCUGUUAAAGAACGUACUGGACAUCCAGCAGUUUGUAGAGGAGAAAACUCAGGGAUGUUUUCCUCAGCUAUUCCUGGUCAGUUCUGUGGAGUUUUCAGGGAUUCACUUGCUAAGGUGCUUCAUAGCCCACGUUACUGGAAACCUGCCUAUUGCAGAGACCAACUGAAAAGACUGGUUCCUGAUCUAUUCGGCACAUCCAGAACAAAAGGUGCAGUGUGAUAGCAUGCCUUACUUGUAUACAGCAAGUUUUCCCUGUUCCAGGUGGAUGAGGGAACAGACACAUCUUUAAUGGGAUCUGCGUUUUGAUUGCUGUUGGCUUGGAACAGAGUGAGAUAAAUGAAUGACACCUAGGGGAGCUGUCUCCUUCUGCACUUCAUCAUCAGUCAGCGCUGCAUUUACCUUCUGUUUUAAAUCCAGCCUGAAGUUCCUCAGCUGCACUCUGAACUGCCAGAGAUGAGACAUGUUGUUCAUUAUAUGCAUCUUUCUAUGCUGGGAGCUGGAGCACAAUAGUGAGGCCCUGUAUUCUUUAGAGGCACCGUAACAGCUGGCAAAACUUUGUCCCACAGCAGCUGCAUGUGGCUAACAGCACCUGUCCCGGGGAGACCAAAGCUGGGUAGUUACAAUAUCAAAAAGAGUUAGAAAAGGGGACUGUUCUAAUAGGAGUAAUCAUACACAAAAAAUUAGAUCAAAGCUAUUAAGUGCUGAUGUCAAACUGGCACUCGGUCUUGUUGAGUUUUAGGAUUGCCAAGUGCAUGUAUAUGGUUGUCAGUUACUUACAUUAAGUGUUUAAACCUCAUGAAAGAGCAAUUCUUUCAUAAACCAGUCUGAGGGUUAGAAGGUGGUAUUUCUAGUGUUUUGCUUUAUUAUGGGAUUUCUUGUAACUCGCAGAUCAGACAUGAGAUACGGCUUACUUCCAGCAUAUGUGUAGGAAGUGGCAGUGUGUGAGGAAUGCAGUAGAAAGAGGUGGAUCUCUAGUUUCCACAUCUAAGCAGAGAUCACACCUGUAAUUCUUGAAUACUUCACCUCCAAUCCCAAAGUGCUGCAGAGCAAACCAGCCCAUAUGAUGCUUGUACAGGGGGAAGUGCAGUAGCAUAAGGAUAGAUGGAAUAGGUGCACGUCAACAUUUCAGGUAUAAUCUUUUGUUUAAAAAUAAACACCCCCCCCACCAGCAUCUUUCAAAAGCAUCAAUCUAGUUUGUAAUUUUAAAGGUCUCAGCUGUGAUUGAAGAGCCUGUGAUGCAAACUGCCAGCCAGUAUCCCUUCUCAAACUGUAACUGCUUUGUUAAUGAGAUUAGAUUGCAGGAAGCAUGCAUCUGAACUGGGAAGAUAGCAGUACAUUAAAAAAAUAAUCUAUUAACAAGAACUGGCUGUCAUAUGUGAUAGAUACUAAGCAACAAUAUGCCUGCUGUGCUAAACAGAAGCUCAUAGCCCUAGGUGUUCUCAUGGCAUCUCAAACAGGCUCAGCAGCUCCUUCACUGUGGGGCCUUGGACUGUUGGGACCACUCCUACAGUCAUACAGGAGGUUGUAUGAUGAGGUAGUGCAAGAUUUCAGCUCAGCCUUUCAAGAGGGCCCCUCCCUACCACACUAAUUUAAGAAAAGAAAAAAAGAAAUCCCACCUUAAGCUUCUAUGGGAGAAGUUCAUCCAUCUUCCACAUUUCUUUCAAUAAUUUUAGAGGAGUUCUGUUCUCUGCUACCUUUGUAUUCAUCUUCAAGAAAUGGUAUUUUAUUAAAAUCAGUUCAGCAACUUA